AGAACUACAACUCCCAUAAUGCAGUGUACCCGGCAGCACUUCCGCAAUGAAGCGUGGAAUGAACAGUGUAACUGUGGCAAUGGAGGGACCAACUGUAAAGGCGAUAUUGUUUGACUUGGACAACACUCUAAUAGAAACGAGCCGUGCAGGUGCAGUGGCGAUACAAAAGACCAGUGAGCUUUUGAAGAGCACUCUGGGCCUGGAUGAUGACACCAUUAGCAGCAUCUGUGACAAGUUCAAGCAGAGGCUUUACCAAGAGAACUUCGACCCGUCAGCCGGCAGAUCCAUCGAUGAUGUGCGGGCGGGGCACUGGGAGGAGAGCCUCCAGGAAGCUGUGGGCAGCAGAUCCACACCAUCACUGGCGGCGCAGUGCUACUUCCUGUGGAAAAACAGUCGCCUGGAGCUCCUUAAUCUGUCCCCGGAAAUAUGCAACCUCUUGAAAGAGCUGCGCCGCACAUACAAGCUGCUGCUGCUCACCAACGGGGAAGCCCAGACUCAGAGAGAGAAGGUGGAGGGGACCAGGUGUGAGGAGUUCUUCGACACCAUUGUGGUCGGGGGAGAACACGCAGAGCAGAAGCCGUUCCUCUCCAUCUUCAAGCUGUGUUUUAGGAUGCUGGAGGUGGAGGCUCAGGACUGUAUUAUGGUGGGAGACUCUCUGGACACAGAUAUUCAGGGGGGGGUUAACGCCGGGGUGCGGGCUACAGUCUGGAUCAGCAGUGAUGUGGGUUCUGCUGAUGGUGCAGUGAAAGCAGACUUCACUAUCCCUACUGUGCUGGAGCUGCCUCAUAUACUGCAGCAACUGAAAUGAAGACAACUGUUGAUACAAGUUGAAGGGGUCCUGUCACUUUAAGUGGGAUUUUUAAUGAAGGUUAAAAGAUGAUUUCCUAUUUUUCAACAAGGUGGUUUUUUUCUUGUUUAAUGCAUUUUUAUACAUUUACUCAAGUGCUGUACUAGAGUACAAUUGAAAGCAAUGUACAUUACUCCAUUUAAUUAAUUUGAUAGCUAUGUUUACUGUGUUUUUUAAUGUAUGGACGAUAAUCGUGAUAUUACCGUUGACCUAUAUGGAAAUAUAAUGUUGGCAAAUGUUAGGCACUGUGGAUAUUUAUCAGGUAAUCUGGGUUUUUCUUUACUGUUCAGUGUUCUUCUUUUAUGCCAAUUCAUUUGCCAACAACAUUUAAUUCACAAUAAAUAAGAUGGUUUCAACUGA